GGGGUCCCCGUUACUUUUUCAGUUAGCUUGCUGCUGAUUAUUAGCUUCGCCAUAAGGCAUAAUUUGAGCGGACUGGCUUUGGCUGACCUUUUGACGUUAAUUAACAUUCAUCUUGUUGUACCCAACUGCUUUGCUAAAUCGACAGCUGUUCUCAACCGAUUCUUUCGAAAGCUUAAGAAGCCUAUCGAGUACCACUAUUAUUGUUGUUGCUGUUUUGAGUACAUUGGGCUUACAAAAGACCUCCUGCUGUUCUAACAAGUAUUGUCUGGUAGAUUUUUCCAAAAAGGUGCACUGGCCUACUUCAUUGUCCUACCCUUAGUCACACAGCUUCAGUCAUUGCUGUCAAGUAAGUAGAUUAUCUGCUAAGGUAUAGAUCAUUCCUUUGGUAUCAGGUCACUUCUUCCAAGUCAGUUCGUUCUAAGUAGAUGUCCCACCUGUUACUAAAUGAUACUAAAUAACAAAGAAUUUUCUCAUUAUCUUUAUCCACUACCAUGUUAAGUAUCCCUGUCACUAAAUAAUGCCCCACAUCAAAGGAUUUCUCGUUCUUUUGGGUUUACCUCGGUGUAAGAAUCGUGCACUUUUUCUUUUCUUUGUACUUCAUGUUUUCCCAGGCUCUUUUGAUGGAAUGAAGUGACUGUAAGGGGCCUCCACUGACUAGAAAUUUAGUUGUCGACAACGUUUUGUUUUCGACAACUAAAUGUUAUCAACAACAAAAAAAACGCAGUGUGUAAGACGGGUUGUUGACAACUAAAUGCUAAAUUUUGCUGUUGUUGACAACUUAAACAUUGUCAUUGUCGCAAAAAAAAAAAAAAAAAACGUUUUUUGACAACUAAAUAUCUAGUCUGUAGAGGCCUUAAAGCAUUCACUCAAUACAUGUAUUUUAACCAUUCAUCAAACUGAAACAAUGUUACAUAUGUAACUGGUUGUUAUCACUUGUUAAUGCAUUGACAGUUAACAUUAGCAGUUCGUGAUCAAUAAUAGGAAAAAUUCCAAGAUUUAAAUGAAAAGAUUUUUGCAGUCUUGUUACAUGUACAUGUAUUCAGGAAAUAUUAUCAUUUGCCUCAGUCAAACAGAACCUCUGUGUGAAAUUUAUUUUCUCACUCUUAUGUAUUGUUUUCAAAUAUUUGUUUUGUUUCUUAGGGCCAGAAGUACCUGAUUUUCUGCAGUAUCGUGUCACAAGACAAAAACAAAACUCAGAUGCCAUUGAAGAUAUCUUUGAUGGACAACUGUAUAAGAAGCACUUUUGGGAGGACGGAUUUUUAGGGGUUCAUCACACAGGACAAAAAGACACAGAUCCAUUUGUCCCUGCAAAUAAACACGGAUGGAGUUGCAAUUUUUAG